GUUACAUAGCUCAGAAAUUGAUUUAAAAAAAUUUAAAACAGUAUUGAAUCGACAGAGAACGAAACUCACACAAAAAUGUUUGCAAACGUUUUAAAAACCAGUCUUUUCCUACUCCGGAGCUUAAGCUCUUCGGCAGCCUUGCGUUUUAAGGAUCCCGUUUACCACAUUUUUCUGGACAAGGUGCGUGAGUACCGGCUGAAGAGUCCCAAAGGAAAGCCCAUAGAUGCCGGUCCGGAAUACGAGGCGGAACUGAAGGAGGCCCUCGACCGCCUGGCUCUUCAAUAUGGUGGCGGUGAGGGCAUCGAUCUGACCCAGUUUCCCAAAUUUGUGCUGCCCGACAUAGAUAUUGAUCCCAUUUCAGUUCUGGAUUUACCCGAAAAUCAACCUAAGCCGGAAAGAAAGAAAGAUUCUAAGUUAGACGAUUACAAAAAGAAUGAUGUUAAAGCAAAGGGAAAAGAUAACGAAGUUAAGGCCAAAGAUGAUAAAGAGGUGAAGGCCAGAGAUGACAAGAAAGCUAAUGAAAGCAAGGAUAAGGACGAUAAGGACAAGAAAAAUUAGUGGCUAGCUAAGCCCAUUAGCAAUAAAAUUCUUAUAAAUGU